AUGAUGUUCAGCCCGCCGCGUCUCCACAGCAAGCCACUUAGGGAGCGUAGGCGCUCUCGGAUUCUCAUGGUACUCCUUCUGGUCAUACUGGGAGCAAUAGCAUGGAUUCUUCUUCUGCCAAUAUUGUACUAUUGGGAAGAGCGGGCUGGUAAUGAGUCACCAGGAAAUGAACUAGCUGUGCCAACUGGAACGAAUCAUCGCCCUGAUGUUCCUUCCACACCUUCUCCUCUCCCUUCGGGGUCCUCCACUCCUUUUUUCAUCGAUGGAAACACGGCUCGUAUUGCAGGCUCCAUUGUUACUCCGCAUAUCUACCCCAUGCACCUACAACUCCCCGUGAAGAGGUCCUCCGUUGCUGCGGCUAUCCACGAGAAGCAGAUACAUCAUCAAGAACAAUGCUGGGAAAACGCCCACCUUUCCCCACUGUUCCCAUCUCCGUCGAAUGAUAUGAUCAAGUUUUUACAGCCCAUGCGCGAUGAGGCAGUUGAUGCAAAGCUGCAAGAAGAGUAUCAGUUUUCACGGCAGUCAUCUGCAGAUUCUCAUACCGGUAACUUUACCUUCUACUCGGGCUACGAUGCUUCUCCGGGCAUGGACAUAAAUUCAGCCUUUCCGUGGUGGGUAUCUAAAAAUCCUCAUCAUCUGCCUUGCACCGCAGAGGUGCAGAAGCGACUCUACGAAUAUCAAAACCACAAAGAGUGCGAGGAGCGUAUGUUUCUCCUGUCUGAUACUAAGCAUAAGAGUUUCGGUCUCGGUGGUGCCCUCAUUGUGGUUGCUUUUGAUUUUCUGAGCGCCAUUAUUCUUGGAAGAACCUUGUCGAUUGGUGCGCCAACGUCAGGGGAGAAGUGGUCAUUUGCGCCUGAAGGGUGCUGGAAGAGUGGGCGAAAGGCUCUAGACUGUUUCUAUCUUCAACCUACACGGUGCACGCUUCCAGAGGAGCGGGUGCACGUGGUGCAUAAAGGAAGUCGGGCAGCACUCACCCGUGCUCGGGUGAUACGCAAAGACUCUGUUGACACGCGUGGCUUGGGUAGAGAAAGAGUCCCGUCAGACGAGGCUUUCUUUGGGCCCGGUCACCAGCAGUGGGCCUGCUAUCCGGAGUACCUUAACUGGGUGAAGGACCCAGUGAAUAUGGUGGUACAGGGGUCCUUUGGGAAUGGCGCUGACGCGAGGCUUAACUAUAUGCUGGCACAGGCAUUUAUGUACAUCACCCGAGCUCCACAGCCGUGGUUUCAGGCAAUGUUGCAGCAUCACCUUGAGCCCCUUACACUGAUUACCCCUCCUGGGACCCGCAAAGACACCACACACACCAGUACAAGCUGCACCAUCUACGUCCAGGACCGCGGUGAAAUAGGCAAGAUGCGAGAGUAUUAUAAUGUUUUUGGUUGUCAUACAGUAGGGCUUUCUCUCUAUAGAGAUUAUGUGCGUGCUAUCAGCACCUCCACAUACUCAGCCUCAGCUCAGACAAACUGCAGAGUCUUUAUUAGUGGUGGGACGCCGCUGCAAAGCUACAUGUGGCUCAAGAAGCAGUUGGAGUCAGAGUCCCAUCAUGUGAUGAGCACGUGGAACCUUACCACUCUGGCCGCUGGGGCAGAAUCGGUUCGGUGGGGUGCGAGUUCCCCUGCUGCAUCAUGGGUGGACAUGUAUGCUGGAGUUGCCAGUACAAACUGGGUUUGUAUGAUUCAAUCAAAUUGGUGCCGUACAAUAAACUUUCUUCGCAUGACACAUGGACGUAUGGCCUGUGGCUUUGUGGAUAUUGGGGCAUUAUUACUAACAUCGGUGGAGGUUCGAGAGAAGUAUUGUGUUGUUUCAAACUUCCCGACGAAGCCGUUCUCCAAUUUAGUUAAGAAGUAA